UAUCGAUUCGGAAUUCGCCCGUCGCUUCUGCCGACCCUUAACGAAAAUUAAAUUAUAUCGAACAUUAAUGAUAAUAUUUGACAUAGAAAAAACAAAUGAAUGUAUUAAUUGUUAAUCGUUAAUAAAAUGCAGUUCCAUUCCGAAGGUGGAUUAGAGUUAUUAUCGAGGUUCAGGGAGAAACGGCGUUCAGUUAACCUUGAUCGGUCUAUAUUCUCCAAUGACAUCAGCGACCGAAGCGUCGUAGAGAUCGUCGGAGCCUCGUCUACCGGAAAGACUCUGCUAUUGUGUCAAUUUAUAGCAAAGUGCAUAUUACCUGUGUGGUAUAAAGGAAUCAAGAUUGAUGGAUGUGAUUCCUGUGCGAUAUUGAUCGAUACGCUUGGUCAGAUCCAAAUAACAAAGUUUACUACACUCAUGACCGUCAUGAUACGCACAGCGUACGAGACCGCUGGUGUACAGCCACCGGUCGAAACGAUAGAUCUAAUUGUGAAUAAGUCUCUGGAAAACUUGACAGUGAUCGAUUGUUGCAACAACGAUCAAUUACAUCUAUCUCUACACGCGCUUGAAAACGAUCUUCUUAGUGACGAAAGAAUUGCUCUUCUAGCUAUAGAUAAUAUUCUGGCGUACUAUUGGCAGAUGAGAAGAGAAAAAGGUAUACUCGGUAUGGAUCAAUAUGCGAGGAGCUUGGUAAGAAUAAUUCGAACUCGGAUAUCUCAAUUUUGCGAUGUGACAGUUUAUACGAGAUGGAAUGAAUCGGUGUUCCGAAAUGAAACCACUGUAACUAGUCUAAAUAGCCCUAAACGUACGGAUCUGUUAAAGGAAACAGAUGUAAAUUACAGGCUACAACUUUGUAAAAGUUUUGUAGUACGUGAAUUUAUAUGCCAUGUACAAUCUAUGAAUGAUAGAAAACAAAUUCGUUAUACGAUCUCUGAUUCUGGUAUAAAAUGGAUUCUUUGA